UCCGUGUAUCAGCAGUUCUUAUCCAAGAUGAGUCUUCAAGGAGGUUAUCGGCGAAACAGAUAUUCAAUGAGUUGUCUAUGUUAAGCAAGGGCAGACGAUGCUGAGUAAUCGAAAUAUGACAGGAAAGCUUUUAGGUGUCAGUGGCCCAUAAAUUUUAAGUGAAGACAUGCUCAGUAGUCAAAGAAAGGUGUUCUGAUAUUUUGAUUGAUCUUACCUUUAUGGACAACCAGUGUGUUCAACUUGAACCCUAAGGAAGGACAUUGGUACUUUUAAAUUCUGAACCACAUAGUGCUGACAAGAAUGGGUCAAAAUACAAGUGUUCCAUCUGGAUCACAUUUGGGACGAAGGAGAUCUUUUCGUAAUUCCUGGCGCUCUCCCUUUCCUCGGCGAUCCCACACGCACAAGAGCUCUUUAAGUGCUGCUGUCAAUUUCAUAGAUGUUGAUCCAAAGCAUAUAGAACUGUUAAAUGUAAACACAGCCAGUGAAGAAGAGUUAAUGACGUUGCCAGGGAUUACAAGGCACAUUGCACGAAGCAUUGUGGAAUAUCGUCAAGCUAUUGGAAGGUUUAAGAAAGUUGAAGAUCUUGCUCUAGUGUCUGGUGUAGGAGCAGAGAAACUGGAUUUGAUUCGCCCAGAGAUAUGUGUUAGGAGCAAAAAUGCAAGUUGUGCAUCAUCUCGAGCACAGUCCUUUGACAGUAUAGCAAGUUCUGAGUUUUCUCAGGCUGGAUCUACUAGCCGCACUGUAGAUGUGAACUCUGCAACAGUUUUUGAGCUGAUGACUGUAAAUGGCCUUAACCAAGAACUUGCAGCUAACAUAGUUGAACACAGAUUAAGGAGAGGGCCAUUUAGAACAUUAGAGGAUCUGGCAAAGGUGAAAGGGAUAUCACACUUAAGACUUGGAGCCAUUCGUUCACAGAUAACAAUGAACCUGCCAGAAAAUUUGCCAGUAAGAAAUGGUUACGUGCCACACAUGAUACCAGAGAAUUCCACUUCAUCUCUUGAAGGUCACAAAAGAAAACCGCAAACAUCACUAAAAUAUGGCACUUCAAAUGGAUUCCUGGCUAUUGGAGAUAUUUUUGAGAUGCUUUCAGCAUCAACUCCACGACCUAUAGUUGAAGAAGAUUUCCAGUAUGAACGUAAUGGUAAACCAGCAAUAAGAAUAGCAUCAUGGAAUCUUCAGUGCCUCACAGUGGAAAAAAUAGAGAAUCCUGGAGUGAAAGAGAUAUUUUGUCGAACGAUACUGGAAAACAAGUUUUCUGUGAUAGCUAUUCAGGAAGUUAUGGACAGUUUUACUUUAAAAAAGAUAUGUGAAGAACUUAACAGUCCAACACUACGUAAAGUUGCAGAAUGGAAGGAUAAUUCAAAAAACUGGAAGUGCUGCACCUGUGAGAAAACAGUUGAAAAUUUCAAGGGUUCAGCUGGCCUUGGAUUUAUUUAUGACUGCAGGAAUGACCUGCAGAUUCUGCAAGUAAAGGAAGUUGAACUAAGUGAAGCCUGCCCUAAGUUGGCAUGCAGUAUUGGAGUCCUGCUAAUGAAAUUCAAGGUUACCGAUACUGUAGUAUCAUUACUUAAUAUGUAUGUAAAAGACAGCAAUGAAGAUUCCUUCUCCAGUAUAGAGCAGAUGACACAUGAUAACUUCCAAGAAGAUGAGUUACUAAUAAUAUUAGGAGAUUUCACUGGCCUUAAGAAAAACAAAGAGAUGGAUGAUAGUCUGAAAGUACAUUAUAGGACGAUAAUUCCUACCACAAUUUCUACAAAUGCUAAUGAGAAUCCAGUUGUAAAAUAUGCAGAUAACGUCCUUCUGAACAAAAAUGCACAAUCACUGUUUACAGGUGUUUGGGGUAUUGUGAGGCAAGGUCUGUCACAUCUCGCUAUUCCUAAAGGAUGGCUGUGGGGUGGCUGUGCCACAGAACAUUGCCCGGUGUGGUGUGAACUUUUCACAGGCACUACUGUGCAGCACAGCUGAGUUGUAACACAUCACAUUCUCCUGAAGUAAACAGAGAUGAUAUAUUGAUAGUUAAUAAUAUUUAUCAUAUGUUUUUCUCUCAAAUAGUUUAUGUUCGUAAUAUUUAAUUUCAUCAUUCCACACACAAUUAGUGCCACAAAUUAUACAUGUAUUUUCUAGUUAUUAGAAAUACUAAAUCUGUAGCAGACAACAGUUGUGGCAGGCUUACCACAGAUAAAGCAAAUAACAAAGUAGUUUUUUGUUGCACUUGAAGGGAAAAUGCACAGAAAAAUAAUUUAAGAUGCAGGAAUUUUGUGAUUUGCAUUGCUGAUCUUACUUAUUGCAUUGUUGAUUUAUUGUAUAAUAUUUAUUGUGGAAUUAGUGUGUGUGUGUGUGUGUGUGUGUGUGUGUGUGUGUGUGUGUGUGUGUGUACGUGUGUACGUGUACACGCACGUGCGGUUGUGCCCACAUGUGCGUGCGUACACACGAGCAUGCAUUGAUACGUGAGUGAGUGAGUGAGUGAGUGUGAGUGAGUGUGUGUGUGUGUGUGAGAGAGAGAGAGAGAGAGAGAGAGAGAGAGAGAGAGAGAGAGAGAGAGAGAGAGAUUCUCUCCUGCUUGUUUUAAGUAUGUGUGGUAUCAGAUUGUUCUUGCCUUUGUAAGUUUCACAGUAUUAUAAGUCUUCCCAUAAUUGUCUAACAGAAAUAUAUUUUAUACUCAUGUAUUGUUCUGUCUGGAAGAUAAAGUAUCGAGAAGUAGAUGUAAAGAUGCCAUUAUCUGUGAUAGAUUUUGUAACACAGUGUAAUGGUUCAUAGACUGAAAUAACUCCAAACUUCACAUCACAUUUAAUAUACAUAUAUAAUCAUUCAAUCUCAUAUAAUUGACCAGAUUUUCUUUUAAUUAAGAAGUGAGAAGUCAUACCUGGAUCUACUGAUAUUUAUAAUACUAUUUUAUUGUAGGUGACAGUCUUCAGUUAACUCUAUGAUGCAAAAUAUUUGCUUUGGAAAAGCAUCAUGACUUUUAAAUUGUUAAGACAUUUUAGAUUUCACUGACAGGUGCUCUUACACCAAUCAAAAAGUCUUCCUGUUGUGCGUAAUUUGUCAUGUUUUGUGAUAUUGUAGUUGAAUUAAUGAUUUGCAGUUUUAAUUUAUAUACUGUAUUCUUAGAAUAUGUUGUGCAAAACCAGAAACAAUCAAGUAUAUUUUAAAUUUUGAUGCUAAGAAACAUUUAUUUCACUAUGUAAUGUGACACAGAUGUUGAGAACCAGAAUUUUGUUCUUGAAAGCAAAUGCUAAACUGCUAGUGCAUCCUACUGUCAUCAUUCACUAUAGUUUGUACAGUAAUUGUCUGUGAGGGUAUUCAGCCUGUUCAGACUUAAAAACUAUUAUAUUAUAUGUUGUAAGUCCUUUAUUGAUCAAGACUUUUACUGUUAAGAAUCUAUGUUGCUGAUGUUUCCAUUAUGUUCAUUGGUCACAUAAUCUUGCUCACUGUGUUUGCAUUACACACACUCAAAAUACUUACACACUUAUAUGGAAAAUAAUUAAUUACAGGCAGCUGUAGGGGGAGACUUUGGGAAUUUCUGAUCAUUCUCUUGAAUUUCAUAGUAAGUGGUGUACCACCUUUUUUUUCCAGCUUUGUUUUUCUUCCAUCAUCUCUUUUAUUUCUGGCAUGUCACUCUGGGAGAACUCCAGCUUAACAUUAUGUGUAAUGCAGUCUACAUACUUGCAGAUAACAACACCACAGUCACUUUUGUUGCUUUGCAUUGGGAUAUGCUUCACACACCAGAUCUCCCAUAUGUCUUCACUAAGUGGUUCAGUUGAUCUCUGUGCAGCUUCUUGGUACAAGUAAUUCCAUUUAGUUAAUGGACUUGACUCAUUCUCUUCUCCCAUACUGUCAUAAUACAGGAAUGCCUGCUUUUGGAAAUAGACAGCUGCCACACAUCAGUCAGUUCCCAGAUGAACAGGAAAAACAAAAUGUCAAGUUUGAAUACAUCUGUCUGGUCAAUUUUUCAAUGCUCUGAUAACCACAUUUAAUAAUAUUUGGGGAAAAACGUGUUGUAUGCGCACCUUUCUGGUUCUUUGUUCUGUCUCCCUGUUUGAUUUACAAGUUUCGUGUAGAAAUUCACAGAUUUGAUUGUUGAGUUAGUUUGUCCCAAAUAAAGUAACUAAAUCAGAAAGACUCAUCAGCAAGUGAAACCCUUCACCCACCAACUCCAUAUUAGUGUCCUUGCGUUAGUCGUCGUAACCCUCCGACUCGCCAGAUGAGUGAGAUGCAUUUCAGCAAUUUUAGCAGUCAUCACAUCAUACUCAUGUGGAAUAUCUUCAGGAAAACUGUUAGAUACUAUCCUUUGAUAGUGACUUCCAAUUGUAUUUCAUUGAAUAAAUGUAGUAAUGUGACCUUCUCCAUACUGCUUUUUUAGAGUCUCAUUUCUCUCUUAGCCUUUCAGCCUCUGAAUAUUCAGUUUUGUUGGGGUGAAUAGGUUUCGCCUGACCAGUUCUCCUCCCACCAAACUACUUGCAUCAUUCUCCUUCCACAUGCUGAAAACAUAAGUUUUUUGGAAAAAUGCUGUAGCUUUUAAAUAAGAUUAUGUUUUCUACAUGUCUAAGAAGAAUGAUAUAUGUAGUGCAGAUGGAGUACAGUUGCUAUUGUGGUAUGUAGAUAAGAGGUUUCAGAAAUAUAAACAUUUUAAUUUUUUUUAUUUUGUAAAGCUGACAUAGACGGUAAUGUCUAGUGAACCAACACAUGGGACAAAUGAAACUAACAGUACAUGAUCAUUUUUCUUUUCUUUUACAUUAAUUACUCAAAAAGAAAAAUCAAUUAACAAGAUUAAGAGGUUAUAAAAAUAUUAAAUGCUGUUGCAGUUUAGGGUUUAUAGUCUGGAGACACUUACAUUCUUGAAGACUAUUAUUUAUAAUCAAAGUUACAAGCAGUUUGCAAUGUAGUUUACUCCUAUUUGUGAAAGGAAACUGAAGACUUGUAUUCCUUUAUUCAGGUCAUGCCAUAUCUGAUUGUUCAAGUUAGUAGCUAGAGUUUACAACUGAAUUUUUUUAUAUGAAAUGCUCAUUGCUAUUCUGUCAGCUUUACUUUAAAGAACUGGAGGCAGGGGGGAGGGGAGAGAGAGAGAGAGAGAGAGAGAGAGAGAGAGAGAGAGAGAGAGAAUGUGCUUGUGUGCUGCAGUGUGCAUGGGAGCAUACAUGCAUUCACACGUAGGAGCAUGCACACAUGUGGGAACAUGCAUGUGUAUGUGCUCUAAAGCAGAUGUGCAAAUGCGCAUGCACUUUGUCUUGGUAUAGUUUCUCACGAAGUUAAAUCAUCCUAAUGAUCCUAUUACAUGCACAUGCAUUAACACAUGGGAGUGUGCAUGCUCAUCCACAUGUGAGAGCACAUACAUGUUGUCAAGCACACAUUCACACUCAGAGAAGAAGAAAAUGCCUUGUCUCAUGCGACGGUUCCCUGCAACCAAUAGAUAUAAAGUUUAGUUCACAGCAAAACAUGAAGAGAGUUUUUAAUGAAGCAAUUAUUUAUGUUAACCACAAAUGAAAAUUAACUGAUUAAUACUCAAUCUGUGUCCAAUAUUUUCUCAAAUAAAGUUAUGAAAAUUAAAUGUAAAAAUAUUGUUUGAAUGAUCUUAUUGUAAAUGCUUAAAAUUAAGAAUCUUUGUUGGUACGUAAAUACAAAAGGUGCUCAUAAUUCAACAUGUUUUUGCUAUAAGAUCUUUUGAAUGGCAGCUUCUCUGUAUAGUAGACCUAAUUGUCAGUACAAAAGCUUUUUGUAAAAAAAGAUGGUGGCAUUGACUAGAGUAAUAAAGAGAAAGAGAGAUGGGAAAGAAAAACAGUAUAUAACAAUUAACACAUACCAUAAGUAUGUAAAUACAAGGAGACCUUGCCAAAGAAAAAUAAAAUAUUAGGGCAGAACUAACAGAAUAAGCAAAAAAUUACAAGUCCUAGUUUCUCUUUGGAGAACAGUUUACUUCGGUACAUUUAGUAAAAGAAGUAUCAACAUACUGUUGUAUUUUUAAGAGUGGAGCUGUAGGAUAUGGCUAAAAAGACAAUAUAAUUUACUUUCAAACCAACACUCAUGUCAAGAACUGCCCCCCCCCCCCCCCAUAUCUUCAGAAAAAUGUUGUUAACUUUUAGCUACAGUUGGUUUCAGUCAAUCUGUCAUGCUUCGUAAAAUACAUUCUAACUGACUAGCAUUUGGUUUUGGUUACUAAAGAUUAGUAAGCACCACAUGGGUAGAUGGCAGGAAAAAGUGGGCUGUGAGUAAUCAAAGAAUUGUGUUGUUAAAAAUGUGUUCAGGUAAAUAAUAUGAGGACAAUAUUGCUGUAAUUUUGUGUUCAAGAUAUGGGCUGUGCACUUGUACACAUAGUUUACAAUCAUUAAUUAUAUCAAAGAGAAGAUUUCUCUGGAUUGUUAGUACAGGGCUACUACAAAUGAUUCAUUCAUUUUCAUAGCUCUUUAUUUUCCAAAGUAUUACAUGUACAAAUAUGAUUGAUGCAUUAAUAGAACUAUAAACCCUAUACAGCUUCAUCUGCAACACUGCACAGAAAAUAUUAACAUUCGGUAAAUCUGUUUCAUUUACCACAGUUUCAUGAGGAUUUUCAGUGCCCCACAGUCACAUAUUGUGGCGAUUAACAUUUCCAUAUAAAUGCAAGGUUGCUCCAUUGCUGAAUAUCACCUUGAAGGCAAAAUGUUCAUCCUCUUGCUUUGUCACCGUUUUGUCAAGGCAUUGCACUCAUAACAUCAACUAUUGGGUACAAUGCAACUUGGCGAGUUUACAGUUCUACUUGAGCAUCAGUCAUGACUGUAAAUGUAAUAUUUUGGAAAAUAUAGAACUUUUAAAGCAAAUGAAUUAUUUAUAGUAGCCCUGUACGUAUGCACUGGUGUCUGUGCUGUUUGUUCACGAAACCGACUCACUUUAAUUAAGUUUUAGGCAUUCCAGAUAUGCAUACAUAAACACUCAGCUGAAACAAUGUGUUGAAUCAUGUUACAAAUAGGCUACUCUUUUUACAGUGGAAAUGUUUGUAAUGUUGGAAAUAAGAACUGUUGCUUAUUAUUGUUGCUGUUGUUACUAUUUUUUUAAGUGACUUAGUAUGGAACAGUUAUAAUUAUUUUAAAUUCAGACACUGCAUGCAGUCAGCUUUUCAACUGUUGUUUGUUAAACGUAAAUGGAGUUCAUAACAGAAUACUACAGUUUGUUCAUGUGAAUUUCUUGUAAGCUCCCAUCAGAAACUACACCAUUACAACAGUGCUGUGGCUUAUAUUCUGAAGUUAAGUUGUCUGUAAGAUUUACUGUUUUAACAAGUGAAUUGCAUAAACUAAAGUGGCAGAGGAUUAUGGCUAAAAAGUAAUGUAACUGUAAGGAAGUGUGCUGUUAACAGUAUUCACAAUAAGGAGGCUGUGAAAUUGGCAUGUUAGCCAAGAAUGACAAAUAACUGAAACUAUGUGUAAUGUGUUCUUACAGCAUUCUUCUGACCCUGUUGUUAUUAACUUUUGUUACUGUAUUCAAAUGCAAAUCUGAAAUGAUUUUGUACUUUGUUUUUUUAUGUAGAAUGUUAUUAAAAUUUUGAAUAUCAAAAAAUAA